AUGACUUCCUCAUUAACUGAACACCAGGUCCUUGAAGAAUGGAAUAGCAUCCCUGGUGAAGUACAUGUACCGAUAGUGUCUGCUGCUGAAAUAACAAAACUACAUAUAUAUGACUUUGACAAUACAUUAUUCAAUUCCCCCGUGCCCAAUCCACAAUUAUACACCAAAAGAGUAGAAAAUCUACUUAGAAGUAGUCCCCACAUAUCUAGCUUUGGAAGCUGGUGGGACGACCCUCGACCUCUAGAGAUCAUUGCAAAAUUAAUGAACCACGAUAGCGAGAGAGCUGCAUUCUGGAAUGAGAAUCUUUUGAGAUUGGCAAGGCUGUCAUGGAGAGAUACUAGUACUGUGUCAAUUGUUCUCACAGGGAGAAAAGAAAAGAAUUUUCAUAGCUUAUUUGGCAAAUUGUUUCAAAUAUCAAGAGAUAAAUGGGCUACUGAACAGAUAGCUAAAGAUGAUAAUAAAUAUUCCGCCGAUGAUUACCUGUUUAAUGCAAUCUGCUUGAAGAAACAGCGCGAGGAGACCAAUACCUUUGACUAUAAAUGCAAAUGUAUCUUAUCAUUUCUAGAUAGAUACCCAAACUUAGAAGAAGUAACAAUUUAUGAUGAUAGAAUACAUCACAUUAACAAAUUUAAGAAUUUUUUCAACUCUCUGCUAAAUACAAAGAUAAAAUGGAUUAUAGUACCAGUAGCGCCUCGAUUUCAUUAUUUGCCAAUUAGAGAUGAGAAUACUCUGAUACCGAAGUUUGUCAACGAACAGGAACGUGCAGAGAGUGGACUAGUGCUUAAUCUCUCUAGGACACCAAUGCAGGUGGGCUACUUCUUAACCGUUGGAUCACAAAAGAAACUUUUGCAUUGGGGACUAAACUAUUUACGCCAACAUUUUAAAGAUACAAAGGUGCAAUUGUCCAAUUUUGCAGAAUACCCCAUGUACAUACCCUGUACUGCGCCUGGUAAUGGUAUCACAGCCAGUCAAGCUAGAAAGUGUUUCACACAUUUUGAUGAGAUUCAGAUAAGCAAAAACAAUGACAACGAAAAAAGAAGUGAUGAAGAUAUUAUAAAGUAUUUCUGCUCUCAAAAAACCAUGCUCUCAGAAUGGUCAACAUCAUUUAAAGUCGUGGCAAUUGCUAUUAGAGAAGCACCAAUUCAAGCUUCUUCUCGAAAAGCUCAAAAUAAUAAAGCUAUGGAAAUUUAUUACAGGACCAUUCCGGUUGGUCCUAAGAAGGAGGCAUGGACUUCCUGGCCAGAAUUUAUUAUCGUCGGAUACAACUAUGACAAGAAUAUACAAGUUCAAAUGGAGGAAAUUAAUUCAGUCUUGACGAACCCAAAAAGCUUACGCUGGCAUAACGUUAAGGUAGGAAUAAAGAUAAAAACGUAUUUUGGUUUCUUUUCAAAGAGAGAUACAGACUUAUGA